AUGACUACCGCACCCAAGAAACAGCUCACCUGGUUCAUCACCGGCUGCUCCUCCGGCUUCGGUCUAUCCCUGGUGCGGUUUGCCCAAGCUGGCGGUCACCGAGUAAUCGCCACGUCGCGCAGUCCCUCCCGGACGCCCGAGCUGGUGAAGGAAGUGGAGAGCAAGGGCGGAAAAUGGAUUUCGCUCGACGUCGAUAGCCCCUCGAGCGGCAACGUGAUCACAGAGCUAGAAGCCACGGGCGAAGAGAUCGACGUGCUGGUCAACAACGCGGGCUUUUCAAUCUUUGCCCCCGUCGAGACGACCAGCGAGGCAGAGGUGCGUGCGCAGAUGGAAACCAUGUACUUCGGUCCUUUGCGGCUGAUCCGCGCGGUGCUGCCGCAUAUGCGGCGGCGUCGGUCCGGAAUCGUCGUUAAUAUGAGCAGCGGUGCUUCGCUGGACGGACGAGAAACCAUGGGGCCGUAUGCAGGGGCUAAGGCGGGUCUCGACGGUCUCACAAAAGUACUCGCUAAGGAGCUGGCGCCGUUCAACGUCCGGACCCUGACGGUGGUGCUGGGAACUUUCAACACAAACAUGCCCAAGGCUGGCCUGAUCGGAGAGACUCCUCUGCCCGAGGACUACCGCGGCACCAUGGCGGGCCAGAUGCUGCAGGUCUUUACGAGUGGCAAUUUUAAGCCAAAUGGGGAUAAAGAUAAAGCUAUGAAGGCUCUGUACGAAGUAGUGGUUGGAGAGGGCGUGGGAGAAGGACACGAGGUCGAGCGAUUGUUGCUGUUAGGCAGCGAUAUGCCUCCACGCGCCGAAGGCGUGCAGGAAUACUUGGGACAUGCGGUAGAGGUCUUUGGUGCUGUCGCUAAAGGGGUAAACUUGGACCAGUAG